GCAGGUUACCGAAGAAGAAAAGCUCCGCUGCAGCUGCGGCCCCCUCCCCUGGCGCGGUGAUGGCCAAGGUGUCGGUGCUUAAUGUGGCUGUGCUGGAGAACCCGAGCCCUUUCCACAGCCCCUUCCGGUUCGAGAUCAGCUUCGAAUGCAGUGAGGCCCUGUCUGACGACCUGGAGUGGAAGAUCAUUUAUGUGGGCUCAGCUGAGAGCGAAGAGUUUGAUCAGAUCCUAGACUCAGUGCUGGUGGGCCCUGUCCCUGCAGGAAGACAUAUGUUCGUCUUUCAGGCUGAUGCUCCAAACCCAUCCCUCAUUCCUGAGACGGAUGCUGUGGGUGUGACUGUGGUUCUCAUCACCUGCACCUACCAUGGCCAAGAAUUCAUCCGUGUGGGCUACUAUGUCAACAAUGAGUAUCCAAACCCAGAGCUUCGGGAGAACCCACCCCCAAAGCCAGACUUCUCUCAGCUACAGCGGAACAUCUUGGCCUCUAACCCCCGGGUGACCCGAUUCCAUAUCAACUGGGACAACAACCCAGACAGGCUGGAAACCAUAGAGAACCAGGACCCCAACUUGGAUUUUGGUCUUCCCCUCAGUUGCACUCCCAUCAAAAACCUGGGCCUCCCUAGCUGCAUCCCAGGCCUCCUCCCGGAGAACUCCAUGGAUUGCAUCUGACAGGGGCCAGGCAGAGCUCAGUCUCCUUGCACACGUGGAGGGGACUUACAGGCCCUCAGACGGUCAUACUUGGUUAUCUCAAGGAUUUGGGGGCCACCAGCUGCCUCCAGACCUAUCAGCCCCAAGGAAAAAAAUGGGCCCCACUCUUCUA